AACAAUAACACGAGGCAAGAAAAAACAUUUGGAUAGCAACUGUUGAGUCGGGAAGUGGCAGAAAGCGUGGAAGCAGAACAACCAUACCAAUCAAGUUACUUCAUUUCUUCAAUACUUUCCAAUGUUCAUUUCUCCAAUACUACUUCGUCGAUAAAAUCCAAACCCUAACUUCAUUCUCUAUCUCUUCUUCACAAUGUCACACAUUGCUUUAUCCGCAUCACCCUCCCUCGUCGCUUUUCACCGUGGAGCUAAACAAUGGAGCACGCUGUUCCCAAGCAAUUGGAGAAGCAGUGGAACAAAUCCAUCCCUAUUCGCUAACUCUAACCGAAAACGGUUACAGUUGCGGUUUUUCGCUUCGGGCAAAAAUGGCGGCAAUGGUGGUGUUGUAGAUGAGAUAUCCGAAACCGUAAAGGCGCACGCUAAUUUCGUGUGGCCUGACAACAAGAAGCCUAGAGUGUGUAUAUUAGGUGGUGGAUUUGGUGGUUUAUACACUGCUUUAAGGUUGGAAUCACUUGAGUGGUCUGAGGAUAAUAAACCGCAGAUUGCUCUUGUCGAUCAGUCGGAUCGAUUUGUUUUCAAGCCAAUGUUGUACGAGCUUCUAUCUGGUGAAGUGGAUGAAUGGGAAAUAGCUCCUCGCUUCUCGGAUUUGCUGGCCAACACUGGUGUGCAGUUUUUGAAAGACAGAGUAAAAGUUUUGCAGCCCUCUGAUCAUUUGGGCGUGAAUGGAUCCAACGCAUCUACUCAUGGAGGAACUGUUCAUCUUGAAAGUGGCCUUCAUAUCGAAUACGACUGGCUGGUUCUUGCAUUGGGGGCUGAAGCUAAACUGGAUGUUGUACCAGGAGCAACAGAAUUCGCAAUUCCUUUCUCAACUCUAGAGGAUGCACGUAAAGUUAACAAUAGAUUAACAAUAUUAGAGAGAAAGACCUUUGGUAAGGACUACCAAAUUAGUGUGGCUAUUGUUGGUUGUGGCUACUCUGGGGUUGAAUUAGCUGCAACAGUAGCAGAGCGAUUACAAAAUAGAGGAAUUGUGAGAGCAAUUAAUGUUGAUACAAUGAUCUGCCCAACUGCCCCACCUGGCAAUAGGGAAGCCGCACUGAAAGUUCUUUCAUCCAGGAAGGUUGAACUUUUAUUGGGUUAUUUUGUCAACUGUAUUCGGAAGGCCAGUGAAUCCGAGUCUUCAAAUACCCCAAAAGGGCUUGAUUUUGAAAAGUAUAUAUUGGAGCUACAACCUGCUGAAAGAGGAAUGCAGAGUAAAAUCAUUGAAGCAGAUCUGGUAUUGUGGACUGUUGGAUCCAAACCUCCUCUUCCUCAUCUGGAAUAUUCAGAUGUACCAUUUGUUAUUCCACUUAAUGCCAGGGGACAGGCGGAAACAGAUGAAACUCUUCGUGUUAAGGGUCACCCACGGAUAUUUUCUCUUGGCGACUCUUCGGCAUUAAGGGAUUCAAAUGGAAGGAUCCUUCCAGCCACUGCACAGGUUGCAUUUCAACAAGCAGACUUUACUGGUUGGAAUCUCUGGGCUGCAAUCAAUGGGCGUCCGCUUUUGCCAUUUAGGUUUCAAAACCUAGGUGAGAUGAUGACUUUGGGAAGAAAUGAUGCUGCAAUUUCUCCGAGUUUUGUUGACGGGUUAACUUUAGAAGGCCCUGUUGGCCAUGCUGCUAGGAAGAUAGCUUAUUUGAUGAGGUUACCAACAGAUGAACAUAGACUUAAAGUGGGGAUCAGCUGGUUUACAAAAUCUGCUAUUGAUUCAGUGUCAUUGCUACAGAGUACCUUAUCCAAGGUCCUUUCAGGCUCCACAUCUCGUUCAGAUUAAUGUAUAUAUAGAAUGGCUUAGCAUUUUUAUGUAGAGACUAAAGCAUAUUAGCAUUUAAAUGUUAUGGCCUUGUUCUUGGCAUCACAAAUGACUGUGCAAGAUGGGUAUCAUUGAUCCAACUUUAUAAGUAUGAGAUCCAGUGCACCAGUUAUUCAAUUUAAGUUUUAGCCUCAUUUAUGGCUAUCAAUUUUUAUGAUAGUUUUAAGAACAUAUUGUAUCACUGGCUUUUCUAGGAUCAAAUAUCUGGUAAUAUAUGGAGCCCUGCCAA